AUGGUACAACUUUUAUUAGAAUAUGGUGCUGUACAUUCUGUAAGAAAUUUACGACAUAAUUUAACACCAUAUGAAGAAUCUAAUAGAGAUGAUAUAAAACAAUUGUUUGUAAGCUUAGAACAACAAUCAAAUAAUGAUUAUGAUUAUGUUGAAUGGUCAGUGGUGGGCAACGAUCUCAUUGAAAAACGAAAAAAACUUCGUCAAUCUAUUGAUUUAUACAACCCCCACCCAAAUUUACCUCACUACAAUUACCAAGGUUUAUGUUAUCGCGGUAUGAGAAUAACACAAAAUGAUUUAGAUCAGUAUAAAUUAAAUCAUCAUAUAUUAAAUGGUGCAUUUUUAUCAACAUCCAUUGAUAGUCAAGUGGGUGAAAUGUUUGCUGAUGAAGGUCAACAAUCUCAAGUGAGACAUACUCCUGGAGAUAAUCGUGCAUUACAAUAUUCAUGUUUAUCAGCAAUUUCAAUUGAAAUUGAAUUAGAAGAAUGUGAAGAUCCGAACGAUAAUAAAAAUGAGCGUGAAAGUGGUACAACAUCGAGAACAUCGCCAUUCUUAUCAUCUUAUGAUGAUAUAAAAAAUAUUGAAGAAUAUGAAAAGCCUAAACAACGAAAAUGUCGUCUUUAUGGCAUCAUUGGAUUUUUAUUGUUGGCUAUUAUAAUUCCACGAAAAAUACUACAAACCGAUGAUGUCGACCAUCAAUUACCACUCGGUUGUCCCAAUAUAUUAAAUCGAUCUACUUGGAAUGCACGUCCAUAUAUAAGUCGUUUGAAUUUAACAACAUUUCCGAUUAAACACAUACUUAUAAAACAAUUAUCGGAUUUUAAUUCAAGUAUGAAU